GUGUGUGAUUUUUUUAAGAGACUGGAGUUUUUAUUAGUUUAGAAUGGCUCAAGGUAUAUUCAAUGUCAUCUAAGCAUUUGGAUUAAAUGUGUUUUAAUUUGCGCAGGCUAGUGGAAUAAAGGUUACUGACUGUUUUUUCUGGUGUCUGUUAAGUAUUGAAAUUGUUUUGAUUGCAGUGUUUACAAACAGUAUCAAAAAUUAAACCUCCCUACAGUGCAGGGUGACCUGUCACAUAGAGUUGUAAGAGGGAGAUACAUCAUCUUCAUAUAACAAAUUAUCUGUGUUGUUGACCUGAAUUAGUUUUGAAAUGUGUUUAUUCUUCUGGGAUACAUCAUAGUUCUUUGGACUAGCCACUGUUUUUCACUAUAACAUGGAUUUAUUUUGAGAGCACCCUGUCCAUUGUCCAAUAUUUUAAGAGAGGACUGCAGUCCAAUCAAGAUGCCUUCAUUGUUAACACCUGUCCCACCAGCAUCAUGUCCCAAUGUGAUACAGAAGCCGACAGUUAUAUCAAUGGUGGGAUUACCAGCCCGUGGCAAGACGUACAUGUCAAAGAAAUUGACGAGAUAUCUCAACUGGAUCGGAAUUAAAACGAAAGCUUUUAACGUCGGGGAAUAUCGACGGGCCGCCACUGACAGGUAUCGGAAUCAUGACUUUUUCCGACAAGAUAAUACGGAGGCCCAGGCAAUUAGACAGUAAGUGGGUCAGCUGAACCAGGAAGUUUGUUUUUUUCUUUUUACGUACUAAUGUUUUUGAUUACACUUACUUAAGUUUCUGCAAUGCUUUCACUGUCUUUUACACACUUGUGUGUUAGCCAUUAGAAGUAUGAAAUGAGAGAAGAAACUUUCACAGAAGUGUAGAAAUCUUUUUUUUUGCAUUAUUCAAUGAACCAGAUCUGUGAAAAUAGUUUUCUUACUUCUGUGCUUUAUGAGGUCAGCU